AUGGCAGUCCCGAAAAGCAAGUUGUUCUUAGUGGCUUCCGUCUUCAUUCUCGGCGCUUUGGCUUCUCAAGCGAUGGCACGCUACACACCUGACGAAGCUUCCAUGCGCCUUAGGCACGAGCAGUGGAUGACUCGUUAUGGACGAGUAUACGGGAGUUCCCACGAGAAGGAGGUACGAUACCAGAUAUUCAAAGACAAUGCAGCUCUCGUCGACUCGUUCAAUGCCGCUGGAGACAAGCCUUACAAGCUGGGUACCAACCAGUUUGCGGAUUUGACGAACGAGGAGUUCAAAACGACCAGGUGCAGGUUCAAGGGUCACAUGUGUUCCCCGCAGGAAGGAUCAUUCAGGUAUGAAAAUGUGAGUGCAGUGCCGACCACCAUGGACUGGAGGAAGAAGGGAGCCGUCACUCCGAUCAAAGACCAAGGCCAGUGCGGAAGUUGCUGGGCGUUUUCAGCUGUGGGCGCAAUGGAAGGAAUCACUCAGCUCAGUACCGGCAAAUUGAUAUCUCUUUCGGAGCAAGAGUUGGUUGAUUGCGAUACCAAAGGAGAGGACCAAGGUUGUGGUGGUGGGUUGAUGGAUGACGCUUUCAAGUUCAUUAUCCAGAACAAGGGCUUGACCACCGAGACCAAUUAUCCCUACACUGCUGCCGAUGGAUCCUGCAGUGCUAGCAAAGAAGGAAAUCCCGCUGCUACGAUCAAAGGAUAUGAAGACGUGCCUGCCAACAACGAAGUCGCAUUGAUGAAGGCAGUGGCUAGUCAACCGAUUUCUGUGGCAAUUGAUGCAGGGGAUUCCUCGUUCCAGCUCUACGAGAGUGGGAUAUUUACAGGAGAAUGUGGGACUGAACUGGACCAUGGAGUGACUGCUGUUGGAUAUGGUGAGAGUGGUGGAAUGAAGUACUGGCUGAUCAAGAACUCUUGGGGUGCUCAAUGGGGAGAGGAAGGAUACAUCCGAAUGCAAAAAGAUAUCUCUGCCAAGGAAGGCAUUUGCGGUAUUGCUAUGCAAGCUUCUUACCCCACUGCAUAG